AUGGGGCCGCAGGAAGUCAGGAAGCCUGGGAGGUCAGUCUGGAAGUUUGGUUUGGACCUUACUCAUCCAGUAGAAGAUGGUAUUUUUGAUUCUGGAAAUUUUGCACAGUUUCUAUGGGAGAAGGUUAAAGUCAAUGGAAAAACUGGAAAUCUAGGGAAUGUUGUACACAUUGAAUGCUGCAAGAAUAAAAUCACAGUUGUUUCUGAGAAACAGUUCUCAAAAAGAUAUUUGAAAUAUCUUACCAAGAAAUACCUUAAGAAAAAUAGUCCUUGUGAUUGGCUUUGUGUAGUUGCAUCUGACAAGGAGACUUAUGAACUUUGUUACUUUCAGAUUAGUCAAGAUGAAGAUGGAUCUGAGUCUGAGGACUUGUGA